AUGUCGAAAUCUGCGCUCGUCUUCGGCGCGUCCGGCGUCACUGGCUGGUCUUUCAUCAAUGAGAUCUUGAACGACUAUCCAGAGCCCAAGAUCUGGAAGCGCGUACACGCGCUCACAAAUCGUCCGCUUUCACAGGAGCAAUCACAAUGGCCGAGUGAUUCGCGAUUAAACAUUGUAUCUGGGAUCGACCUUCUCGAGGGCAGCCAGGAAGAACUGGAGAACAACAUGCAAAAAGAACUGGAGGAAGCAGUAGCUAUGUUCAAGCGAAGCACACUCGCCAUGGACCAUCUUAGCCCAAAGUUAGAAUUCUUGGUUUUGCAGACCGGCGCAAAGAUGUACGGUUGCCAUCUUCUCGAAAAACACCCCACAGACUACCUCCACGUUCCACACAAAGAGUCGCAGCCACGCCUCAAACAGCCCUACCAUGACAUGCUCUUCUACCAUCCACAGCUAGACUGGGUCGCGGACUACACCAAAGACAAGAAGUGGAAGUGGAUCGACACGCGGCCCGACAUAAUCAUCGGCUUCGUUCCGAACCAAAAUUUCUACAGUCUAGGCACCGUAAUGGCAAUCUACCUCUCCCUCUGGCGCGAAAUCCACGGCCCCAACUCCUCCGCGCCCUUCCCAGGCACUGAGAAGAGCUGGAAAGCCCUCAGCAACGACAGCUCCUCGGAUAUGAUCGCACGCCAAACCCUCUAUCUCUCCCUUAACCCCAGCAAGAUUGAAAACGGCGGCGGGUACAACGUCGCCGACGCGAAGGAGCCCUCUUCUUGGAGCAAGAAGUGGCCGGCACUAUGCUCCUACUUUGACCUCAACGGGACCGGCCCAACAUCCGACCCGCCUGAGAUGCGGAAGUUCAUCAAAGACAACAUCGACGUGUGGAAAAGAUUGGAGAAGGAAAAGGGGCUGCAGACUGGGCAUGCGGAUAGCGAGAGGACAUUUUCUGGAUUCGAGUAUUUCUUGAUGACUCAAUUUGAUUUUGAUAGACAAUAUGAUAUGAGCAAGACGUAUGCGACAGGAUUUAGCGAAGAGAGGGAUACGUUGGAGGCCUGGAGCUUAGUGUUUGACAGAAUGAGGAAGGCGAGGAUUAUACCGUAG